AUGGAUGACCAUAUUUAAUAAGCAUGGCAAUUCUACAGAAACCUCGGAUCUCCGAAAUUCAUCUGUAUCUCCAUCGACUUAUCAUAGGUGCUCCAAUGGUGGAUCAAAGUGAACUCGCAUUUAGAAUGCUAACUCGAAAAUAUGGAACCACCUUAGCCUACACUCCUAUGUUGCACAGUCGAAUCAUGACUGAGUCCAAAUCAUACAAGGAUGAAUUCUUCACUACCUGUCCAGAAGACAGACCUUUGUUCGCCUAAUUAUGUGGACAUGAUCCCCAAGUCAUAAUUAAGGCAGCAUCAAUGAUCCAAGAUCAAUGCGAUGCCAUCGAUCUCAAUUUUGGUUGUCCUCAAGGAAUUGCAAGGAAAGGCCUUUAUGGAGCCUUCCUUUUAGAAAAGAGAGACUAAGUUCUGUAAUUUUACAUAUUUAAUGCGUAGAACCAUUGUGAAAGAAUUGAAACAAAAUAUUAAAGUUCCAGUUACUUGCAAAAUUCGAGUAUUCAAAGACAGGAAGAGAACUCUUGAUUUAACCAAAGACAUUCAAUCAGCUGGUUGCUCUAUUCUAACUGUUCAUGGUAGAACUAAAGAGCAAAACAAAGAUUUUGUUGGUCAAUGUGAUUGGACCAUUAUUGCUGAAAUCAAACAGCUACUGCAAAUCCCUGUCUUCGCUAAUGGAGGCAUCUACACCUGGUCUGAUGUUGAAAGAUGUCUUCAAGAGACCAAAGUAGAUGCAGUCAUGUCUUCUGAAGCCCUCUUAGAAAAUCCUGCUCUUUUUUCAGGAGAAAUAAAAGACCUAAACGAUUUGGCUCUGGAAUAUAUGCAACUUGCCAAACAAUAUGAUGCCAGAUUGGUUGAAAUUAAAGCGCAUUUAUUUAAACUCCUUUACACAGGCUUACAGAUCCAUAUUGGUAAUCCGAUUAUCUCAUUUUAGAACAAAGAUCUAAGCUAGCCGCUGCUAAAACUUAUGAAGAACAUCUGGAAGUUGUGAUUGAAUUAAAAAACAAGAGAGCUGACAUUCCUAAGGAAGACAAACUUGGUUGGUAUAAAAGAUACUAAAACUUUAAAUAACCUUAAAAUAAUAAAGACAAGGAAGAUGACAAAUAAGAAAAUAUUAUCUAAUAACAGGAUUUGUUGUUAUAAAAUUUUGAUUCAUGAUGCACA